AUGUUUGGGAUGGCUCGACAGCGGCCUCCGCUGCUAAAGCAGCGAGGGAGAGUGAAAACCCUGAACAGACUUUCACGGAUGACCUCGAGCUCAGCUGCUCGCUUAUCUACAGAAAGCGCCACUGCGCGGACUGAAAGGUUGGCUUCAACGGCUUCAAUCAUGUCCGCACGCCGCGCCAGGCUUUCAGUUGAAGAACGUUCACUUCAGAAUUCACAGGACGCAGUCCGCGUGGCUAGGUUGAGGGCUUCAAAGUCCCCAGUACAGAAAACCCUUCGUAGAACACUAGGGCUACAGCCGCCUCUAGAGCUUCGGAACAACCCCAAGAAACCGCUCUUUAGAAAUACCCUAUCCACCGCGUCUGCCAGAGCCUUAGAAAGCCCUGCACAGACCACUGUUCGUCGCGUUAGAAAUGCCCGCUCUACUGCGUCUGCCAAGGCUGCAGAAAACUCUGAAGUACGCCGUCAACGGCUCGAAAACAUUAGCCAACUUCGAGCUUCUUUGAAUGGCGUAACUUUGCCGUCUGCGUCAUUUUGGUCAAAUGUCGCAUACAAUUAUGACUGCACUGUCAACUAUUCCGCUAGGAGAAACGUACAAAUAGGGGCCAUGGAUAAAGUUUUCACUUUUUGCAACGCAAAAAAGUGGGCCGGUGAGCAACCUGGGCUUUGUUGCUCUGGGGGCAAAAUCAAACUCCCUUCUUUAGACGAACCUCCCCAGCCGCUUAGGGACCUUUUUCUGGAUACAACUUCGGAGUCAACGCAUUUUCUUGAAGCAAUACGGAAGUACAACUGUUGCUUCCAGAUGACGUCUUUUGGUGCGAAGGCUAUUAUUGAGGGGGUGGGAUGGAUGCCUACUUUCAAAAUGCAAGGCCACGUUUACCACUUAAUGGGAUCACUUUUGGCUGAUCAGAGAGAGCCACCUCAGUUCCUACAAAUUUACUUUCUCGCUGACUACAACGAGCAGGUUGAUGCGCGUCUCGGCAUUCUGCCUAGCGAUAUUUCCAUCGGUCCCAGUAGAGACAUUCUGUUCCGUCUACAAGACAUGCUUCACGAAACGAACAGUUACAUCCGAAGCUUAAAGUUUGCGUUGCAAAACAAAUCUUCGCCCUCUUUCAGCGUUGUCAUCGAUUUCAGACAGACGGCCUCACGAUUUUUUUUUCACUUUUACCAACCUUUCCCCUUUUCUUCUGUGUUAAUUAUCUUUAUUGUUUUUCUCUUCUUCUUCUCCUUCAUCAUCAUCAUCACCAUCAUCAUCAUUGACUACCAUAUUUCUUCCCGCAUUUUUUUCUUUCUUUCUUUUUCCUUUAUCUUCUCCUUCCCGCUCUUUUUUCGUUCCUUCUCUCUCUCCUCCUAUCCUCCUUGUUCUCCCCUUCUUUAUUGCUUACCUCUUCUUCCCUCCUCUUUUCUUUUCUUUUCUUUUUCUACUGCUCUUUUGUUGUUUUCCUCUUUUCUUCUUCAUGUCCUUUUUUUCUUCCUCCUCCUCUUUUUUUCAUCUUCUCUUUCUUCCUAUUUAACUUGUUUUAGCAACUUCAUAUUUUUUUUUCGUUUUCCCUCUAUUUUUCUCUUGUGCCCCUCUUUCAUUCUUCUACAAUAUGCACUUUGCUCCUCUUCCUUCUACUCCUUCCCCAAUUGUUCUUCUAUCCUUUCUCUUUUCCUUCCCCCACAUCUUCCUCUUCUCCUAUAUUCCGCCCCCUUUUUUAACAAUCUAACUCUUCUCUUCUAA